UUGUUUUCUGAUGUGACGGCUGAGACAUGAGAUCUUCGGCCUCCAGGCUCUCCAGUUUUUCGUCAAGAGAUUCACUAUGGAAUCGGAUGCCGGACCAGAUCUCCGUCUCCGAGUUCAUCGCCGAGACCACCGAGGACUACAACUCGCCCACCACGUCCAGCUUCACCACGCGGCUGCACAACUGCAGGAACACCGUGACGCUGCUGGAGGAGGCUCUAGACCAAGAUAGAACAGCCCUGCAGAAAGUGAAGAAGUCUGUAAAAGCAAUAUAUAAUUCUGGUCAAGAUCAUGUACAAAAUGAAGAAAACUAUGCACAAGUUCUUGAUAAGUUUGGGAGUAAUUUUUUAAGUCGAGACAACCCUGAUCUUGGCACCGCUUUUGUCAAGUUUUCUACUCUUACAAAGGAACUGUCCACCCUGCUGAAAAAUCUGCUCCAGAAUCUGAGCCACAAUGUGAUCUUCACCUUGGAUUCCUUGUUAAAAGGAGACCUAAAGGGAGUCAAAGGAGAUCUCAAGAAGCCAUUUGACAAAGCCUGGAAAGAUUAUGAGACAAAGUUUACAAAAAUCGAGAAGGAGAAGAGAGAACAUGCGAAGCAGCACGGGAUGAUCCGCACAGAGAUCACAGGAGCUGAGAUUGCAGAAGAAAUGGAGAAGGAGAGGCGCCUCUUUCAGCUCCAAAUGUGUGAAUAUCUCAUUAAAGUUAAUGAAAUCAAGACCAAAAAGGGUGUGGAUCUGCUGCAGAAUCUUAUAAAGUAUUAUCAUGCACAGUGCAAUUUCUUUCAAGAUGGCUUGAAAACAGCUGAUAAAUUGAAACAGUACAUUGAAAAACUGGCUGCUGAUUUAUAUAAUAUAAAACAGACCCAGGAUGAAGAAAAGAAACAGCUAACUGCACUCCGAGACUUAAUAAAGUCCUCUCUUCAACUUGAUCAGAAAGAAGACUCUCAGAGCCGGCAAGGAGGAUACAGCAUGCAUCAGCUCCAGGGCAAUAAGGAAUAUGGCAGUGAAAAGAAGGGGUACCUGCUAAAGAAGAGUGAUGGGAUCCGGAAAGUAUGGCAGAGAAGGAAGUGUGCCGUCAAGAAUGGGAUCCUGACCAUUUCGCAUGCCACAUCUAACAGGCAACCAGCUAAGUUGAACCUUCUCACCUGCCAAGUGAAACCAAAUGCCGAAGACAAGAAGUCUUUCGACCUGAUAUCACAUAAUAGGACGUAUCACUUUCAGGCAGAAGAUGAGCAGGAUUAUGUGGCAUGGAUAUCAGUUUUGACAAAUAGCAAAGAAGAGGCCUUGACCAUGGCGUUCCGGGGCGAGCAGAGCACCGGGGAGAACAGCCUGGAGGAUCUGACAAAAGCCAUCAUCGAGGACGUGCAGCGGAUCCCUGGGAAUGACGUCUGCUGCGACUGUGGCUCGUCAGAACCCACCUGGCUUUCCACCAACUUGGGCAUUCUGACCUGUAUAGAAUGUUCUGGCAUCCACAGGGAAAUGGGGGUUCAUAUUUCUCGCAUCCAGUCUUUGGAACUAGACAAAUUAGGAACUUCUGAACUCUUGCUGGCCAAGAAUGUAGGAAACAAUAGUUUUAAUGAUAUUAUGGAAGCAAAUUUACCCAGCCCCUCACCGAAACCCACCCCUUCCAGUGAUAUGACUAUACGGAAAGAGUAUAUCACUGCGAAGUAUGUCGAUCAUAGGUUUUCAAGGAAGACCUGUUCAUCCUCAUCAGCUAAACUGAACGAAUUGCUCGAGGCCAUCAAAUCCAGGGAUUUACUUGCACUAAUUCAAGUCUAUGCAGAGGGCGUGGAGUUAAUGGAACCCCUGCUAGAACCUGGGCAGGAGCUCGGGGAGACAGCCCUUCACCUUGCAGUCCGAACUGCAGACCAGACAUCUCUCCAUUUGGUUGACUUCCUUGUACAAAACUGUGGGAACCUGGACAAGCAGACGGCCCUGGGAAAUACAGUUCUGCACUACUGUAGCAUGUACGGUAAACCCGAGUGUCUGAAGCUGCUUCUCAGGAGCAAACCCACUGUGGACAUCGUUAACCAGGCUGGAGAAACUGCCCUGGACAUAGCAAAGAGACUAAAAGCUACUCAGUGCGAAGAUCUGCUUUCCCAGGCUAAAUCUGGGAAGUUCAACCCCCACGUGCACGUAGAGUACGAGUGGAAUCUUCGACAGGAGGAGAUGGACGAAAGCGAUGACGAUCUGGAUGACAAACCGAGCCCAAUCAAGAAAGAGCGCUCACCCAGGCCUCAGAGCUUCUGCCACUCCUCCAGCAUCUCCCCCCAGGACAAGCUGGCACUGCCAGGAUUCAGCACUCCAAGGGACAAGCAGCGGCUCUCCUACGGAGCCUUCACCAACCAGAUCUUUGUCUCAAGCACAGACUCGCCCACGUCACCAACUGCAGAGGCACCCCCGCUGCCCCCCAGAAACGCCGGGAAAGGUCCAACUGGCCCACCUUCAACACUCCCUCUAAGCUCCCAGACCUCUAGUGGAAGCCCCACCCUAUCCAAGAAGAGGCCUCCUCCCCCACCACCCGGACACAAGAGAACCCUGUCCGACCCUCCCAGCCCACUACCUCAUGGGCCCCCAAGCAAAGGCGCAGUUCCUUGGGGUAAUGAUGUGGGUCCAUCCUCUUCAAGUAAGACCACAAACAAGUUCGAGGGACUGUCUCAGCAGUCAAGCACUAGUUCUGCAAAGACUGCUCUUGGCCCAAGAGUUCUUCCUAAACUACCUCAGAAAGUGGCACUUAGGAAAACAGAAACCAGCCAUCAUCUCUCCCUAGACAAAGCCAGCGUCCCGCCCGAAGUCUUUCAGAAAUCGUCGCAGUUGGCAGAGUUACCACAAAAGCCACCACCUGGGGACCUGCCCCCGAAGCCCACAGAACUGGCCCCCAAGCCCCAAAUUGGAGAUUUGCCACCUAAGCCAGGAGAACUGCCCCCCAAGCCACAGCUGGGUGACCUGCCGCCUAAGCCCCAGCUCUCAGACUUGCCUCCCAAACCACAGAUGAAGGACCUGCCCCCCAAACCACAGCUGGGAGACCUGCUGGCAAAAUCUCAGCCCGGAGACGUGUCUCCGAAAGCGCAGCCACCUGCCGAGGUCACUCAGAAGGCACACCCAGCGGAUCUCUCCCCAAACGUACAGUCCAGAGAUUCCCUCCAGAAGCAAGCAUCUGAAGACUCCAGCGACCUCACGCCCACUCUGCCAGAGACACCCGUACCACUGCCCAGAAAAAUCAAUACGGGGAAAAAUAAAGUGAGGCGCGUGAAGACCAUCUACGACUGCCAGGCAGACAACGACGACGAGCUCACAUUCAUCGAGGGGGAGGUGAUCGUCGUCACGGGGGAGGAGGACCAGGAGUGGUGGAUUGGGCACAUCGAAGGACAGCCUGAAAGGAAGGGGGUCUUUCCGGUGUCCUUUGUUCAUAUCCUGUCCGACUAGCAAAAAGCAGAACCUUAAGAUUGCCCUCAUCCUUCAUGCAAGACUGCUGCCUCCAUGUAACCCUGUGCACAAUGUGUAUAUAGCUGCUGUUACAGAGUAAGCAACUCACAGGAGGGCCGCCUCAGGAGGGGAGCGUAGUGUGUGUUGUACAUAGCCUGUGGUCUUCUGCCUUCACCAGUAUUAGGGUAGCCUUGGGAGCCGGCGCGCCUUACUGGUUUGCCAAAGCCAUCCUUGGCAUCUAGCACUUACAUCUCUCUCUCUCUCUCUCUUUCUCUCUCUCUCUCUCUCUCUCUGCUGUUUUACAAGCAAACAAACAGAAACAGGAGUAUAGGAAAACUGCUGGCUUUGCAAAUAGAAGUGGUCUCCAACAACCGUUGAAAGGCAUAGAAUCAACUCUCUGUUCCUAACAAUGCAGUAUUCUCAAUUGUGUUACUGAAAAUGCAACAUUAGCAAAGAGGUGGGAUCUGUUUUCCAGGUGAAACUUUUAGCUCCAUGACAGACCAGCCUGUAGUUAUCCGUGUACACAGUUUACAGCUAUAAAAACCUACUUUGGUAUUUAUUACAGAAAAGUGCUCAGUUAAAUGUAAGUGUUAUUCCUCCAACAAAAUAUUCACUGACCCAAAACUCCUUGUGACAUUUUACAAUGCACACAGCCUCCUGCAAGUUUAGACAAGUGGGUUUGGACUGGCUUGUGAUGACGAGUGCCCGCCCUGAGAUAUUACCUCAUUAUGCAAAAAUAACAUAUCCUUCAUGACUAUUUUGACAAAAGUUUAAGACACGUCUGAUGAAGUUCAACUUUCAGGAACCAAGGACUGCAGAAAAUAUUAGCCUCUACAUUAUGCAUGCAUCUAGAAGCUUACCUGAACUCUGCCUUUUAUAAAGGAAUAGUAUGAAUAAGUUGAACUGUACAUUUUUUUAAACUUGAUUGCCAUUAAAGCAGAAAUUAUAAGGUUGCAACAGUAUCUGUUUCUGGUCAGUCAUUUGGCUUUCUCGAGAGUAUGGAUUUACAUAUCGUAUUAUGAAUCAGCAUCCCUCAAAUGUGUUGAAGCAUCUAAUGUGUCAGUUUUAAAUUAUUUUCGUAGUUUUAUUCUUGGAUACAUUUAAACUUUUAAAAGAUUAUUCGAAAUGAAUUUAAAUGUCAGUCCCUCACACAGUUUCCCUACUGUAGGAUCCAGGUGCUGAAACCUUUUCUUUUUCCAUGCUCUUUAUUGAACCCCAAUUACGAAUCCGUUGCUCAAUCUUACACUCCAUCCAAUAGACAUGUCACCUUCAAGUCAAUUCAUAACCAAGUUUUGGACCGCUGCUAUGAAUUGCACUGUGAAAAAGCACUCUUCCUGCAAGGAGUCUCCCUCUCAGUUUUCUUUUCAUCCCAGCCAUGUUUAUCAAACCAUUGAGAACGUUGUACCUCUGUCUCUUCCAUCAGUCUGGAUUUUGGUCAGUGGAACUGUUCUUGAUUCCGAGGCUCAUGUGUCGUUCUGGCAUUCCAUUUGCUUAAACUGCUAUUUUCACAGCAGCACAGAAAACCAGUAUUUUUAAGCAGAUAAUCUUGGCAGUGAGAAAUGUUAAUUUCACAGAAGCACAACUCCCGACCAACCCUUAGGAAAAGCCCUCUUUCAUCGAGUCACAGCGCUCAGUGAAUAUUAAUUUAGUUCUGCUUAAGUAGUUACUAUGAAAACUUCGAAUAGUCACCUAAUGAAUACGCCUUGCAUGACAAACCUGCACAAUAUUUUAUCAGCUGUUAUUGGAAAGUGAUUUUAAGCAAUUGCUUCCUCAGUGUCAGGACACACAUGGAUGCCCACGCCAAGCCGAGAGUACGAGGAAGCGGUCACCAUGCUGGUGUGGGACUGGCCCCGUUAGCAGCCUCGGUACUUAGGCCGCACUGGUGUCCAGACAGGAAGUCAGUGUCUGAGGUUGCUCGGUGUCCCAGUUCAUUCACGUACACAUUUUUAAGUUGCAUUCAAGAGCUAUUCAUUUUUUUGGUGUGCGUUCUACACUCUUUUCAGCCGAUCUCAGAAUAAACUAGGUUUAAAAACACACACUCAUAAAAGCUACAUGUCUAAAAUUACACGGACUUGGUGUCUGUUCUUUUUCCCAUUUUGAAGCAACUUACACAACAUGCACAUUUUAACACUUUUUUUUUUCCUGGUUUUAUUUUUUCCUUCAGGAAUUUGACUUCUCUCAAAUCCAGCUUACUGUGGGACAUAGGAAAACAGGUAGAAAUACCUUUGGUGAUCUUGUUGAGUUUAAAGUUGGUCACGUUCUUAAGCUCAGUGAGGCACUAUCUGCAGUUUUGUACAUGAUAGAGUAUUUUGAAGGUAUGGAACCUUAUGGGAAAACUAGCAAAUUAGAUUCUUUUUCCCCCAGAGGGGAAAGUUAUGUUCUGCAAAUAGUGUGUGUCUUACUUGACUGUUGAACAGCAAUUGCUAUUUAUUUUUUUAUUGCCUAGAACGUCGACGUGUUGUAUAGGAAUCCCAUAGUGCCACUAGUUAAAUUACGAAUGCUCAUCUGGGUGUUACCAUCAGACAUCAGUACACUUGUCAUUUCACAUGUAUUUAAUGUGACAGAAUUUCAGUACUGUAUGUGUUAAUUUCUACUUUUUUUAAUAUUUAAAAUUGCUUUUAAAUAAACAUAUUCUCAGUUGAUC